AGAGUAUAAAAGAGGACGAGGAGCCACAGAGCAGAACGCUUGAAGCUGACCAUCUGCAAGAAAUCCCCUGAUCUCCUCCAGAAACAGUAACUAAACAAAAAUGGCAGACGUCGCAACUCCCGCUGACAAGAAGGCCCCUCCCAAGUUCAAGCAGAGGACGACUCGCACCUUCAAGAGCAAAGCCCCCAAACCAGGCCAGAAGGGGUUUGGGGACGACAUCCCCGGCAUGGAGGGCCUGGGCACAGACAUCACCGUGGUCUGCCCGUGGGAGGCCUUCGGCGACAUGGAGCUCAGCGACCUGGCCAAGUACGGCAUCGUCUAGAGCCCCGCCCCCGCGUCUCCACCCGACGCACCUGCAGCCAAUCAGCGUCCACGCCCCGUCGUCCUUUGCCAACCUACCUGACCUCGUGUUCGCCGCCGCCAUGCACGAACACCCGUCCCUAUGUGUCAAAGUAGGAACAUCAUUCGUGAAAGGAAACGUAUAUAUUGUAUUUAUUCAUACGCUUCACUGAGGUGACCCCCGCCCCGGGCUCCGACCUCGUCCCCGCGAGUGCGCGCCUCGCGAGCGCGCACUCCGCAUCCUCCAGAGACUGUUGUCAAACUAAUCGAGACAGAUUAGUGUCGGGACACCCCAAACCUUUCACUCCUCUCUCUUGCCUUUCCAUCUUUACCACAACCCCCCACCCCCUCCUUGGAGCUAUGGACAGCCAUUCAUGACAGAUGUAUAUUUGUAUUUUUAUGAAUUAUGAAUGUUAAUGUCAAUAUAGGAAUAAAAACCACCGAAAAAACACUGAA